UAUUUCACAGAACUUUAGUGCUGCAAUAGACGUGUGACCGGCCAGGCGGGAAUGACCGUUGGGCUUAGCCAUUUUUUGUCGUUUUGAACACUUUUUAUUUAUAUAAAAAAUCGUAAUCCCUUGCGCGAACAUAUAUUUUUUUCUACAAAAACAAUAACGAACAUAACGUCAACAAAUACGGCGAAAAAUAAACAACGAAAAUAAUCAAGUAUAUGCAAAAAUCGACACUUGUGUUCGUGAAAAUGUGAAUGUGUGUGUGUGUUCGCCGAGUUCAGUAAUUAAUUUUUCCGCUAAAAGCUCCAGCCUUUUCACGUGAAAAAACAUAUUUGCACCUAGAAAGCCGGACCAGCACACGUGGAAAUUGUUUGAAAACAAUUUGGAGUUUUUAAUUAAGUGCUCGCGUGUGGGUGGGUGUGUGUAUGUGUGUGCGUUCCUGUUUGAACACAAGUUGGAAGCUGAAAAUUUAUUAAAUUUUCUGGUGAUUCACAAAAGGCUUCAAUUUCGCAGCCAACAAAUUGUGUAGCAUUUGAUUACCCGGAAUAUGGAGUUCGAAAUUGUACAAACCAAGGACCAGGGCCCCAAAAUGGUCUCCAAAGUAAUUAGUUUUGAUGAGGUUGUUAAAACAUCAAUUGAAACAUUCCGGGACACGUUCGGGUGCGAUCCGGACAUUGCCGCCUGUGCGCCCGGCCGGGUCAACUUAAUUGGAGAGCACGUGGACUACAACGAUGGCUUCGUCCUGCCGAUGGCGCUGCCGAUGGUGACGGUGAUCGUCGGAAAGAAGAACUACACUCCGUCGACCUGCGAAGUGGUGACCUGCGUCGAGGGCAUCCGCGAGCAGAAAAAGGCCCAGUUUGACAGCAGCAGCCUGGCGAGGGGCUCACCAAAAUGGCUGAACUACGUGAAGGGCGUCAUGUUCCACUUUGGCCAGUCCAUCCCGGGCUUCAACGCGGUCAUCCACACGAACGUUCCGAUCGGUGGCGGUCUGUCCAGCAGUGCCGCCCUGGAGGUGGCCACGCUGACCUUUCUGGAGCUGCUGACGGCCAGGAAAUUUGAAAAACCCGGCGAUAAGGCUCUGAUCUGUCAGAAGGCCGAGCACACGUUCGCCAACAUGCCCUGCGGGAUCAUGGACCAGCUUAUCUCGGUAGCCGGCCAGAAGGACCGGGCCCUGCUGAUUGACUGCCGGAACCUCACCGUGCAGCAGAUCCCGUUCGAGGCCGAGGGGCUGGCCGUGCUGAUCUGCAACUCGAACGUCAAGCACGAGUUGUCCUCGAGCGAGUACCCGCUGCGGCGUAAGCAGUGCCAGCAGGCCCUGCAGCUGAUGGGGCUCAAGAGUUACCGCGAGGCCACCGAGCGGAGUCUGGACGCACUGAAGGGAGCCGACGAGGUGCUGCUGAAGCGGGCCCGUCACGUCAUCACCGAGAUUAAACGCACGACUGAGGCAGCCGACGCGCUCCGGGCGGGCGACUUUGAAGAGAUGGGCAAGCUGAUGGCCGCGUCGCACAACUCGCUGCGGGAUGACUUUGAGGUGUCGUGCCACGAGGUGGACAUUCUGGUCGAGGCCACCCUGGGGGCGCCCGGCGUGCUGGGCACUCGCAUGACCGGAGGUGGCUUCGGCGGCUGCACCGUCACGCUGGUCCAGAAGGAGUCGGUGGAGGACGCCGUCAAGGCCAUCGAUACGAUCUACUCGCGCAAGGUGGGCGGGAAGUACAAAGCGCGGUUCUUCCUGGCGGAACCGGCCGAGGGGGCGCGGGUUAUCAACCUGAGGGCGUACUAGUGUGGGGAAGCGAAUGAGGAGUGUGGUGACGGGAAAUAACAAUAAAAAUGUUGCAAUGUUUUGACUGUCGUA